CUCAGGUCUCGCGGAAUCGUCCACGGCGCAUCGGUGCAGGCAUACGAGCUCCGCAUUUGCUCUCCAACUGUGCGCUUGUGAACUCCUCUCUACGAUAAUCUUUUGGAACUGAAGUAAAAAUGGCCACUGUGGUCGACGAGGUUGGUAAAAAAGAGGUUAAGUUCGCCGAGGAGGAGAAGGACGAGAUCAUCAACGAGGCCGAGGAUGCCUCCGGUGAUGCGUCUAAAAAGAAGAAAAAGAGGAAGAAGAAGAAGAAGGCCGGUUCUGGAGAUGCCAGUGGAGAAGUGAUUGAGGGUGAUGAUGCUAAAGCAGAAGAAACUGAAAAUGUACCUGAAAAUGGUACAACUGAAGCAAAUAAAGAAGAAGGAGCUGCUACCACUGAAAAAAAGAAGAAACGCAAAAAUAAGGGCAAAGGAGCUAAUAAAGAUCCAAUUGCUUUCCCUGUACGCACUCUUUAUCCAGAAAAUGGAUUUCCAGUUGGAGAAAUUCUUGAAUAUCCCCCAGUAAAUGGAGUCGAUGAGAGGAAAGCCAAGGAUAGGUACACCAGUGAAGAAGCCAAAGCUGCUGAAAGAGAUCAUGAAGAAGAAUACAACGAAGCUAGAUUAGCUGCUGAAGCUCACAGAAGAACUAGGAAGCAUAUUAAACAGUGGGUCAAACCUGGUAUGACCAUGAUUGAAAUCUGUAAUGAACUCGAAACUGUAGCUAGAAGGCUGAUCGAUGAAAAUGGUCUUAAGGCUGGAUUAGCUUUCCCCACCGGUUGUUCAAGAAAUCAUUGUGCUGCUCAUUACACUCCAAAUUCUGGAGAUCCAACAGUUUUGCAGUAUGAUGAUGUUACCAAAAUUGAUUUUGGAACACACAUCAAUGGUCGCAUUAUCGAUUGUGCAUUUACUUUGACGUUCAACCCUAAAUAUGACAAACUGGUUGAAGCAGUACGUGAAGCUACCAAUACUGGUAUUAAAGCAUCAGGUAUUGAUGUACCACUGUGUGAAGUUGGUGAAGCAAUUCAAGAAGUAAUGGAAUCAUAUGAACUUGAAUUGGAUGGAAAAACUUAUCCGAUCAAAUCUAUCAGAAACUUGAAUGGACACUCAAUUGCACCUUAUCAAAUUCAUUCUGGAAAAACUGUUCCAAUUGUUAAAGGUGGAGAGAGAAGAGAGAGAAUGGAAGAAAAUGAGUUCUAUGCCAUUGAAACUUUUGGUUCUACUGGGCGUGGCAUGGUUCAUGACGAUGCUGAUUGCUCUCAUUACAUGAAGAAGUUUGAAGCUGGUUUUGUGCCACUAAGGUUACAAAGCAGCAAGACCCUUCUCAAUACCAUCAAUAAAAACUUUGGUACUUUGGCGUUCUGCAAGCGUUGGUUAGACGGAUUGGGCUGCACAAAAUACCAAAUGGCUCUGAAAGAUCUCUGUGAUAAGGAAGCUGUUGAAGCAUACCCGCCAUUAGUUGACAUUAAAGGCUCCUACACAGCGCAAUUUGAACAUACCAUUGUUUUGCGACCCACUUGCAAAGAAGUCAUCUCCCGAGGUGACGACUACUAAGUCCAAGUCACGAAAAAAUAAUUAUCAACAGAAAAUUGCCAUCGAUACACAACAUUUUAAAGUUUGUACAAUAUAUUAAAAUUAACUUUAUGGCUCAAAAAAGAAAUCAGUGAAUUUCAAAGUUGGUAUUAUCAGAAUCUAUAUUAGUGUCAGCAGGAAAUCUGACAGUAACAAUGGUGCUGAAAUGUUCAACACGCCAUUAAGAAUAAUUGAAAAUUAUCUUGUAAUUCUUAAUGAUUAAUAUAUUGGUUCGAGGCACAUUUAUGUUGAUAAUCCAACUCUAAUAACGUUGUGGAAGUUUUGUCGUGAUAUUUUUUCUCACCUGAUCCUUAACUUAUAAUUAUUAAAGUUAUUAAUACGUUUGUAGUAAACGUUUAAUAAAUUUCGAUCGUCAUAUUUGUGGAAUGACUUCUCUUUCGGAAUACAUUUUGACUUAGUUUGAGAGAAAAAAAGGAAAAAAUGAAUUGUGGAAGAGGAAAAAAA